UGAAAAGACGACGACUAGAUUUGAAGAAAAGGCGAUUAUUUAGUGAGAAUGUUAGCGAAAUAAAAGAAGGACUGACUUACAAAAGUGACUGCCUGGAAAUAAGCGAAGCAGAACUCGAUACUGCCGUAAUACCAGACGCUAAUGAGCAGAUGGAACCCUUGAAAAACUGUGACAUGGAGAAUUCUGUAAUUGUUUUCUAUGACAUUGAAACGACCUCUCUUGACGCAAGUGCGGAAAUUGUACAAUUGUCAGCCUGUACCGACGGUAGUUGUUUCAACCGGUACAUUUUGCCACACAGGGAUUUUAACCGUAAAUCAUCAGAAAUUACAGGUUUGACUGUUGAGAUGAUAAACGGACAUCGCAGCUUGUGCAAAGCAGGAAAGACACUACCCUCCACAACAUUACAUGCUGCUCUGAAUGAAUUCAUUGAUUGGCUCAAUUCCUUGAAGUAUGAAAAAGUAAUUUUAGCCGCUCAUAACGGAAAAUCCUUCGACAUGCGGCUUUUAAUCCAGGCUGUUCAAAAAGAAGGUAGACUGAACGCGCUCUCUGUCUCUGUGUAUGGAUUUGUAGACACACUACAUAUGUUGAGAUCCGUAAGGAAAGACAAGCAGUCAUUAUCACUAGCAAACUAUUAUGAACGGGUUUUUCACGAAAGCUUCGAUGCACAUGAUUCAAGUGCAGAUGUUUCCGCACGUAUGCGUUUGUUUAACCAUGAAAAAUUGAACAACAAAAUAAAUGAAUUUGUACUUAAAUUCAGACAAGCUGUAUCAUACCUAGAAAAUGUUAAAGUUGUGAAAGGCAAUAGAAAUGAAAUACAAUCAUUAAUGUGUGGUGACAAAAAAGUAAUCUCAAAAUUCAUGGCCCACAAAAUUGCAGAAAGCGGCCUUUCGUAUAAUCAUCUAAAACUGGCGUUUUUGAGAGAUUCAGUUAAUGGCUUAAAACAUGUGUUGAGCGAGAAAGUGAAUGGCAGACCAAGAGUAACAAACAGAGUGUCUGUAAUAGAAUCAAUGAAUUUGCAUUUUAAAGCUGUAACUUCAUAGUUUGUGUCAAAAAUAUGAAAAUGAUAUUCACGCAAAUUUUGAUGAAUAAGCAAAAUUAAUGUAUGCAAAACUGGUAUGAUUUCAAAGCCUUAUUCCUUUGGAAAAAAAAUGGUUUAUGCAUUUUACAGGGACACUCUGUCAAAUUUGUUGUAUUGUAUUUGUAUGUCAUGUAUAUAAACCCAAAACAUUCUUUUUAUGAUAUGCUAGCGUAAUCGUUCGUCUGCUUAAAGAAUGUCAUUAAAUAAGAUAUUCAUUUUAUCAUUAUUGUGAAUUUAUUUCAUUAUAUCCAACAAUAUCAGUAAUAAUUAAAGCUGAAACAAAAUAGUUU